ACACGAACGCCCGGGCAGUAAAGAUGCACAAUCUGAAGUAUCUCUGGGUUGGCCUGACUUGGUUUUUCUUUGUAGGAGAUGUCUGCGCUAUAUGUGUUAUUCAUAGAAGUUUGCUGCAAACUAAAAAUAUUUAUUUAAGGCCCGUUAAUGGGUUAUAUGAAAUCCAGCAUGGUGAUGUGGUGUCCAACGGCCAAAUGAUCCAUUUGCUGUGCAAGUCAGGCAUUCAACAAACUGGAUUCCAUUGUCAAGCCAACAAUGUUUUUAAUCCACCUUUAAACACGUUCAUUUGUCCAGAUGCAUUUGAACCUUCUGUUGUCAGCAUACGAGACACCUCUUGUCCCAGUCCUUUCCAUACGUACGCCGUGGGCUAUCAUGUCAGUGGACGCUUCCUGGAGCUGUACAGAAACUGUUUCGAUGCCCACAGCCUGGCGUUCCAACACUCCAUCUACAAGGCGUACCGCCACGAAAAUACCGCUCCACGUCCCAAUCCCUCAUGGAACUCGGAUGGAUUAAGUGGCGGCUUCGACAAUGCCUACGAGGGCAGAGCAACCCAGGCUUGCUUGCUGACUAACCUGGGUGCCGCACAGCCGCAGUGUAAAUUUGAUCGUGGCCACAUGACACCAGCCUCUGCCUUCAUGUUCACAGAGCUUAAGAAGGCCACCUUUAGGUACUUAAAUGCCAUCCCCCAAUAUCGUGGAAUCAAUCGUGGCAACUGGAAGACAGUGGAGACCUGGGUUAACAAUGUAGUUAAGGGGCUACAUGACAAUCCAAUCGUGAAUAACGUUCCAAUUCAGCGAACCUACGAUGUCCUUAAAGUAUGCAUAGGAGCGCUGGGAGUGCAUAGGUUACAGCACAACACCAGUAACAAAUUGGUAUCAAUUUUCCUUUUGGAUAACAACAAAAUUCCGGUUCCCGAAUGGAUGUACAAGAUAGUGAGCCAUAGCUCUGGAGAUAAAUGGGUCAUGCUCACCUAUAACGACCUUAAUAAUCCUAGUCAGAAGGACUUAAACCAGAUCUGCCGACAGAAAGAUUGUCAUACAGGUCUUCAUCUGAAUGGGAGGAGUGUGGGUCACACUGUCUGCUGCGAGCCGUACCAUUUUAUUACUAGAAACGCUCCUCAUCUGACUGGUGUGUGCUAAAGCAUUCUAAGAACAUGUUGCUGGUAACAUAAAUAAAAAUUUAUAAACGUAUUUUAAUUAAUUUAACACAAUACAAAGCUUACUAUACACUUUUA